AAAAAAUAGGUUUUUCAUAUUGCCCACAUUCUCCCUGGAACUGAAAGAAGAGCCUCCUCGCAGGAUUCUUUUAAUUUCACCGAAUUUCUGCUUAAUCGCAGCAUCACAGCUCUCUUCUUCCUUCUCGCAUCUUCAAGUCGGAAACAAUGGCGUUUUUCCUCAACAGAACCACUCUCGCAUCUCAUUUCCGAUCUCAAUCCCAGGCGGAUCCUUCAUCACUCUCGCGCCGUGGAUUCCACGUCGAACCAGGGACUCGUGAGAAGGCUUUAUUAGCUGAGGACCCUUCUCUUAGGCGGUUCAGAUCACACAAGAAGGGUGUCUCUCGAAUCAAAAGAAUGGGAGACAUUCUAACAAUUGUCGUCGUUGCAGGCUGUUGCUAUGAAAUCUACGUAAAGGCAACCAUGCGAGAAGAAGCUCGACAGGCAAAGACCGCCAGCGGAAGUACAUGAUAGAAUGUGUAUCCGAGCAGCGAUUAAGAUGUCCGGCAAAGGAUUUCUAUCUUCCAUUUGUGUGUUAAAUAAAGGAUAUCGAAGCACCAAGUUCUUCUCUUUGCCCGAUUUCUGUUAGGUUUCUAUCAUCAAUAAUAUGUUUUUUUCCUGAUAUUCUGUAUCAUCUUAAGGGAUAUCAGGAUACACUUCUAUAAUUGAAACAACACUUUCUUGGUGGAAGGUAAACUGAAUCUGAAUUCAGGUACAAAUUAGUCAAAAAGUUAGUUCUGAAACUACUUUAUAAACCAGGUGAUUUUUCUUUUUCACGUGGCUGAAA